AUGCUGCCCAAAUUCAGCUCACUACCUUUAUUCCGAUCCCCAAUCCACAAGCCAAUCUCCCCUCACAUUCUUCUCCAGCUCACCGCCUCAAUCUCUUCCGUGAAAGUCGUGUGGCGAAAGGACCACAAGCUCGAUCAAGCCAUCGAGAACGACAAAAAAUGGCGGCUCUGUGCUCGGGUCGUAAGAGAGGUCAUAAACGAACCGGGCCGGGCAAUCCCCCUCCGGUACUUGGAAAACCGCCGCUCGCGCCUCCGCCUGCACGUCAAAGCUCGAACCUUUAUCGACCAAUACCCGGGCUUGUUCGAUGCCUACAAGGACAGGGUCAGGCCCAAUUCCGACCCGACUACCUUCAUCCGACCCAGCGACCGGCUGAACCGGUUCCUGGAGGAAGAGAAAGCGAUCUACAAGGCAAACGAGCCGCGGGCCGUCGAAAAGCUUUGUAAACUGCUGAUGAUGGCCAAGGACAAGGUCAUCAGCGCCGAUAAAUUAUUCGAGGUGAAGAGAGAUUUCGGUUUUCCCGAUGAUUUUCUGGUUAAUUUGGUACCAAAAUACCCUGAAUAUUUCAGGCUGUACGGUGAGCCCGGAGAAGGAAAAUCCUUUCUCGAACUAGUCGAAUGGAAUAACGAUUUUGCCCGUUCGGUUAUCGAAAAACGGGCAGACGAUGAGUACGAAGCAACCGGGAUUAGGGUUAGGCCCGAGUUCAUCUGGAAGCUUCCUCCGGGCUUUUUCAUAAAGAGGGAAAUGAAGGAAUGGGUUAAGGACUGGAUGGAAUUGCCUUACAUUUCACCUUACGAGGACAUCUCGAGUUUGGGCCCGGCCUCGCCAGAGAUGGAAAAAAGGAUGGUCGGUGUUUUUCACGAGCUGCUCUCGCUAUCAGUCCACAAGCGGGUCCCGGUGGAUGUGCUCGGGAAAUUCUGCCACGAGUACAGAUUCUCGAAUGCGUUUGCGAGUGUCUUCACGAGGCAUUCGGGGAUUUUCUACAUGUCGCUAAAGGGUAAGAUUCAGACUGCUGUGUUGAGGGAGGCGUAUAAGGGUGAGGGGUUGGUAGAUCGCGACCCGAUUCUUGAAAUUAAGGAUAAAUUUAUCGAGUUGUUGAAUGAGGGGCAGAAGAUGAGGGCCGAGCGGUUUAGGGUGGAUAGGGAUUUGAUUCGGGAGGAUAUGGAGUUUUUGGCGGGUAGAAGAAUUAAAGAAAUUGAGUGUGGAGAGUGGGAUUCGGAUUUUUGA